AUGCCGAAAGCCCCAUCGGUUUUCCUGCUACUGUGGCUGGUGCUGCUACUCGCGAGCGCAGCUGCUGACCAGAACUUGCGCAAGACCACGUGCCCGCUCUGCAACAUGGACGUCAAGCCGGACAUCAACGCCACGAUUCUGGGCAACCAGUACGUCUACGCGUGCGAGAUGGCUGGCCACAUUGAGUCUCUGCAGAACGACCCGUCUGCAAACCUUGGCCUUCCAGAAGAGGCGGACAUUUUUAUGGACGCCAUUUACAAGGACGCGAGGGAGAUCAAGUGCCCCGUGUGCAGCAAGAGCUUCGACGAACUCACGCACGCUGUGCCGUGGAUUUCUAAGGGCGCGCAGAAGAUCUACACGUGCUCGAAGGAGCACGCACAGCUCGUGUUCGACAACCCGACCAAGUACGUGGCAGCCCAGACCUCUUCCGACGACUUUUGCUACGCCGGCGCGGCAGCCAACCCUACGGGCUCAGCCAUGUUUAAUGGUUUCCAGACCGCUAUAGGAGGCGACACCUCGUGUCUGUUGCUGCUCUUUCAGCCGUGGGUGAUCACGUCUGAGGUCAAGUACGUUUUCUCCUUCCUGGGCGUCGUCUUGCUUGCCGUCUUGCUCGAAGGCUUCGGUGAGCUGCGCGAGUUUGUGGAAAAGUGGCUUUUUCGGGUCUACAGCAUCGUGUCUCGCCAGACGGACUACGUGUUGAUGUGUGGUGGAGCCACACCGCUUGUGAGACGCAAUAGUGAUGCUCUCAUCGCCAAUGAGUCGUUAGCGCUCAAGGUCGGUCACACUCCUCAGGUCAGUAUCGUUCGCCGCCUGCCGUUCUGGGGCAAACUGGUGCUCGCAGUCAUGUACAUGGGGCAUCUGAGUCUGGGGUACUUGGUCAUGUUAGUCAUCAUGACAUUUGAAACGCUCAUGUUCGUGGCUGUAGUUGUUGGCGUUGGUCUGGGCUUCGUCAUCUUUAAGGACACGGACGCUGACAAGCUUGGCGGAAGUAUCGACCCGUGCUGUUCUACUUAA